UUCUUAUUUUUACUUUCGUUUGUUCUUUAAAAAAAAUGUAGUUAUUUUUUUUUAUAUCUAAUAAGAUGAAGGGUCCUAUUGGGUCGGAACUCCUCACGGGUCAACUCAGCCCGAGUUAGGGAAGUUGAAGACACCAAGAAAGUAUAAAGGGUAUAAUCCUGCUAGCAAUAUUAAGAACAAUGUCCUAUGAUUCUUGGAUUACUUCCCUUUCAUGUUCUAAUCCAGUUGCGAAAGAAGAUCAUCUGUCUUCAUCUGUAUUACAGUGGGCUAAGUUCAUCUUUCUUUCUCCAUGUCCUCAAAGAGUUUUGCUUUCUUUUGCUGAUGCCAUUUUCUUGCUUGUGAUCUUUGUUACCUUUCUACAUCAGCUUAUUCGUAAAGUCUUCUUAGGGAACUGUCAUGAUCCAAACAGACCGAGAACUGUAACAACUAGCACUAGUCGAGUUCAGGUUCAGACUGAUAUUUGGUAUAAACUGUCCUACACUGUAACAUUUUUAUUAGUAGUUGUUCAUUUAGUGGUUGCUGUCUUAGCCUUCAGUAGUAAAAGUAGUGAAGUUCAAUGGAAGAUGGUGGAGGGAACAUUUGGGAUUGUUCAAGUUGUAACAUACGUGGUUAUAGCAGGCAUGAUUGUCCUUGAGAGGAGGUCUGAAGCAACUGAACACCGAUAUUCACUCCAAGUGUUUUGGAUUGCUAGCUUCUUGAUCUAUUCGUUAUUCAUGGUUUCAGGGCUAAUACGUUUUAUAAAGUUUGACCAUGAUGCUAGAGGGCCUGAUUUGAGGUUGAAUGAUGUACUGUCUUUCGUGUCAUUUGCAUUAUCAGUUGUUCUUCUUGUGGUUUGCAUUAGGGGGUCAACAGGGAUAACAGUCUUAAGACAAGAGGCUUAUUUGAUCGAUGAUGGAACUUCAGUUAAUGAGCCGCUUUUAGAGAACUUGGUUGUUUCUGAUUUUGCAAAUGCUUCCUUAGUGUCUAAAGUCUUCUGGUUGUGGAUGAACCCCUUGCUGAGUAAAGGUCACAAAAGGACUCUUAAUGUUAACGACGUCCCAUCUCUUUCACCUGAACACAGAGCUGAGAAAAUGUAUAUGCUCUUUCAAUCUAAAUGGCCUAAGCCACAUGAAGAAUGCAAAAACCCGGUUAGAACCACCCUAUUCAGAUGCUUCUGGAGGGAAAUAGCAUUGACCGCCUUUUUAGCAGUUGUUAGAAUUUGUGUCAUGUAUGUCGGUCCUUCUCUAAUACACAAGUUUAUUGAUUUCACUUCGGGUGUAAGAAGUUCACCCUGCGAAGGAUAUUAUUUAGUCCUCGUUCUUCUGCUUGCAAAGUUGGUAGAGGUCUUGACUUCACACCAAUUUAACUUCAACUCUCAGAAGCUUGGGAUGCUAAUCCGUUCUGCCCUUAUAACAAAUUUAUACAAGAAAGGACUAAAGCUAUCAUGCUCGGCGAGGCAGACUCAUGGAGUUGGACAGAUUGUAAAUUACAUGGCUGUUGAUGCACAGCAACUCUCUGAUAUGAUGUUGCAGCUUCAUGCUGUUUGGUUAAUGCCUUUGCAGAUCUGUGUGACACUAAUUCUCCUGUACAACUAUAUUGGUGCAGCUGUUAUCACUGCAUUAAUUGGAAUUUUAGGAGUUCUAUUGUAUAUGCUGUUAGGCAUGAAAAGAGACCGAAUGUUUCAACUCAAUGUGAUGAAUAACCGGGAUUCAAGAAUGAAGGCUACUAUUGAAAUGUUAAACUACAUGCGAGUAAUUAAAUUUCAGGGGUGGGAAGAGCACUUCAACAAGCGCAUCCAAUCAUACAGGGAUUCAGAGUUUUAUUGGUUAGCCAAGUUUCUCUACUCAGUCGCGACCAAUAUGGUAGUGUUGUGGUCCUUACCCUUAGUGGUAUCAUCCCUCACAUUUGGCACUGCUAUCAUUUUGGGUGUUUCAUUUGAUGCAGCCACAGUAUUCACAACAACCACACUUUUUAAGAUGUUACAAGAGCCAAUCAGGACUUUCCCACAGUCCAUGGUUUCAAUUUCACAAGCUGCUGUUUCACUGACGAGGCUGGACAAUUUCAUGACAAGUAGAGAAUUGGUGGAAGAAUCAGUGGAGCGAGUUGAGGGCUAUAGUACUAUAGCAAUCGAGGUCACAGAUGGGUUUUUUAGCUGGGAUGAUGAAGGUAGGGAAACAGUACUGAAAAACAUAAAUUUAAACAUACAAAAAGGGCAGCUUGCCUCUAUUGUUGGUACAGUUGGAUCAGGAAAAUCUUCACUACUUGCAUCAAUCCUUGGUGAAAUGUACAGAACUAAAGGAAAGGUCAGAGUUUGUGGGACAACCGCCUAUGUAGCUCAGUCGUCUUGGAUACAGAAUGGAACAAUUCAGGAAAAUAUCCUUUUUGGUUUGCCUAUGAACCAAGUAAAGUAUAGAGAAGUUCUGCAGGUUUGCUGCUUAGAGAAGGAUCUGGAAAUGAUGGAGUUUGGUGAUCAGACUGAUAUUGGAGAACGUGGCAUCAACCUUAGUGGCGGGCAAAAGCAACGAAUACAACUUGCUAGAGCUGUCUAUCAAGACACUGAUAUAUAUCUGCUUGACGAUGUCUUCAGUGCUGUUGAUGCUCAUACAGGAUCACAUAUAUUUAAGGAAUGUGUAAGAGGAGCUCUUAGAAACAAAACAAUUAUACUUGUUACUCAUCAAGUGGACUUUUUACAUAAUGUUGAUCUCAUCUUGGUCAUGCGAGAUGGCACAAUUGUUCAAGGAGGAAAAUAUGAUAAUCUUGUAAAAGCAGGCACAGAUUUUCAUGCCCUUGUAGCUGCUCAUGAGACCUCUAUGGAGCUUGUUGAAGCAGGCAGCACCAGUGAACUAUCGAAAGAUUCAACUCGACCUAAGAAUUCUCCUAAAGCAUUGUCUAGUCAAACAAGUGGGGAGGACUGUUCUGUAAUUAGAUCCAACUCAAAAAAGGGUGACUCUAGGCUGAUCAAGGAAGAGGAAAGAGAAACCGGAAAAGUGAGUUUACAUGUCUACAAAGUUUACUGCACAGAGGCUUUUGGAUGGUGGGGUUUAGCUGCUGGUUUUUUGUUCUCUUUGUCUUGGCAAUCAUCUAUAAUGGCUGCUGAUUAUUGGCUGGCUUAUGAAACCUCAGGAGAGCGCGCUUCAUCUUUCAAUCCUUCAUUCUGUAUUAGCAUCUAUUCAAUCAUAGGAGCUAUUGCUAUUAUAUUGGUCUUCUUUCGAUCCUUUUUCAUUAUGUUCUUUGGGCUGAAGACAGCCCAGAUAUUCUUCUCCCGGAGUCUCCAUAGUAUUCUUCAUGCUCCCAUGUCAUUCUUCGAUGCUACUCCAUCAGGGAGAAUUUUAAGUCGGGUUUCCAAUGAUCAGACCAAUGUUGAUGUGUCUGUACCUCUUUUUAUCAACCUUGCACUGGCCAUGUACAUUACACUAGUAAGCAUUAUCAUCAUCACUUGUCAGUAUGCUUGGCCAACCGUGUUCCUGUUGAUUCCAAUAGGGUGGCUUAAUAUGUGGUACCGGGAUUAUUAUCUUGCAACAUCACGUGAACUGACUCGCCUUGACUCAAUCACAAAAGCACCUGUCAUUCAUCACUUCUCAGAAAGUAUUUUGGGAUUCAUGACAAUUCGCUGUUUCAGAAAGCAGGAAGACUUCAUUCAGGAAAAUGUCAAGAGGGUGAACAUGAAUCUUUGCAUGGACUUUCACAACAAUGGAUCAAAUGCAUGGUUAGGUUUCCAUUUAGAACUUCUUGGGAGCUUGCUCCUCUGCAUAUCAACAUUAUUUAUGAUCCUUCUUCCAAGCAGCAUCAUCAAACCAGAGAAUGUUGGACUGUCACUAUCAUACGGGCUGUCUCUCAAUUCUGUGCUGUUCUGGGCUAUAUACAUGAGCUGCUUUGUGGAGAAUAGAAUGGUUUCCGUUGAGAGGAUAAAACAAUUUACUGAACUCCCUUCUGAAGCUACAUGGAAUUUCAAUGAUCGUCUCCCUCCACCAACUUGGCCAGCACAAGGAAAUAUUGAGCUUGAGAACUUACAGGUUAGAUAUAGGAUUAGUACUCCUCUUGUACUGAAGGGGAUAACAUUAGGCAUUAGAGGAGGAGAAAAAGUCGGUGUGGUUGGGCGAACAGGAAGUGGAAAAUCAACUCUGAUUCAAGUUUUCUUUAGGCUCAUUGAGCCCUGUGCUGGGAAAAUUGUUAUUGAUGAUAUUAACAUAACAAAAGUUGGACUACAUGAUCUUAGGUCUCGAUUUGGGAUUAUCCCUCAAGAGCCUGUUCUUUUCGAAGGGACUGUAAGGAGCAACAUUGACCCAACUAACCAGUACUCGGAAGAUGAUAUUUGGAAGAGUCUUGAACGAUGCCAACUUAAAGAUGUGGUUAUUUCCAAACCCAAGAAACUUGAUGCUCCUGUGGUUGAUAGUGGAGAUAAUUGGAGUGUGGGGCAGAGACAGCUUCUGUGUUUAGGCCGAGUCUUGCUGAAGAAAAGCCGACUAUUAUUCAUGGAUGAGGCUACGGCGUCUGUUGACUCUCAAACUGAUGCAGUGAUUCAAAAGAUCAUAAGAGAAGACUUUUCUGCUUGUACAAUUAUCAGCAUUGCUCAUAGAAUACCUACAGUUAUGGAAUGUGAUAAAGUUCUUGUUAUAGAUGCAGGGAAAGCAAAGGAAUUUGACUCCCCUUCACACUUACUUGCAAGGCCAUCACUCUUUGGAGCAUUGGUUCAAGAGUAUGCCAAUCGCUCAUCCGGGUUCUGAUAUUCAGUCCUGAUACAUCCCAGGCUCUAAUACUGAUUCUAGUUUUGAGAUACAGUUCGCUAAAUUUCAUGGUAAAGAUUCAACAGCGUGGAACUGAUAUGGUAAAGUUUAUUCAGGCGGAGAACGAGGGUAGGAUGAACUAGUAUGCUGUAGUAGCUAAAUCUAGAAAGAUCAACAAGGCUGCAAUUAUUCAGUUUAUUUUUUUCAGAAAUAUAACAAAAUAAUAAAAGUUUUUUUGGAAGGCUUGGACCAGCACAAUGACUUAUCUCCUUAAUAAUCAUAUUCCAUAGUCCAAAUGAAAAUGUGGAUGCCAACUAGCUUAGUUGAUUAAAGUUUUGAAGGACGAUACCCAAAACCUAAGGUUGAGCUCCGUCUACAGCUUUGCCCUUGUGGGCUCUCUCAAAUAGUCCAAAUAACAAUUAACCAUUUGAAAUGGCAAUUGGAAAUUUCCUCCCACUACUUU